CCCCUCGCGCCCUCUCGCUUCGGCUCCGGGGCGUCCUCUCCUCCUGCCGCCCUUGGCCGAGACACCGGCCCCAGGCCCAGGCGCCGCCCCAGCCCGCCGCGGAGCCCCCGCUCUCGGGAGGUUUUCUGUAAAGGACUUCCCUGGCGCUUGUGCCUGCCUUCCCUUUCCCUGUUCCUGGUCACUUCCUUGUUCUGCUGUGGAAUUUUUUUUUUUUUUUUUUUUUUUCCUAACGUGCUGUACUGUCUUAUUCACAGGUGGACUUCUAAGCCUGACUUUCCGCCUGCUUAGCAGGAGGCAGGCAGGGUAAAAUACAGCAAAGGCUCCCCAAGACACGUUCCAAGAUGAGCUGGAGUUUUGCAUUUCGCAGCUGGAGGCAGAUCUUCGCUUCAAACCAACCCCAAAACAAGGCUUAAGGAAAUACUGUGUCAGUGCAUCUCACCCUUAAAUGCCAGUAGGUUUAUUUUUGUGAAGCUUGUUCCUCAUUGUUCAUGUUCCAAGAAGAAAUUACAUCAAAGAUAAAAUCCUAUAAAAAUACUUCUCAGAAGAUCAUAUCUUGGUCUAGUCAGUCCAAUUUGUAAAUAUAUGAAGACGUAUGUCCUGCUCCUACUGACGGCUAGUACCUAACAUUCAGAGGAAGGGUGUGGCUGCCCUUUGUAAGAUGCCUAAAUGAGUUUUUGCUGGUGCACCUGAGCAUGUAGCAGUGAUUAAUACGUGCCCACACACCAUGCUUAAGCAUCAGACCAUUUUGUUACACCUCUAUGUUGUGCUCAGUGCCUAGUGUCCAGCAGCAGCAGAGGAAGGGUAUUCCUGGAGGGGAGGCAGGAGCUGAGCACAGUGACAAGGCCAGCAGAGGCAAUCAAUGGCUUGGCCAGAAAAUGGCCUGUUGCACAGUACCUGACCCAGGAGAGCCAAACGGUACUGCUGAUGGUAACCAGACUCUGCCUGGAAUCCAGAUCACCAGAGAAGUCUGCAGUGAUGAGCCAGAUCCAAGCUCUAACCAGCAAUUCAAGGUCUGGAUCAAUGAGCAGAGGAGACACAGCACAUUCUCAAGGUCCUGUGCUCCUCUGAGACUCCUUUUGUGAAGAAGCGACAAGUGAUGAACCAUGUGUUUGGGGAUUACCGUCUCAAGAUGGCUGAGGAUCAAAAAAGCACGGAGAAAGCAGACGUGAAGCCUGGUGAUGUGAAAGUGCAGCAAAGCAAUGGGCAGGCUGCAGAUGAUGUGGUGUAUGGGAAGCAAUCUGACCAAAUCUCUGAGGCAAAGCCAGAGUGGUUCAUGUCAUCUGACAACAGCUUCCAAUUUGAUUUUACACUUUCUGAGACUGACCCAGAAGCAACUGGCACAGCUUUGGAAGCAGCCCCUGGUGUCAGUGGUACUGAGCUGAUACAAACCAGUGUAAAAGCCACUGAGCGGGAGAACUGGAAUGGAGCCUCUGGACAGGAACCCAAGUUUGCUUUCAACUUUGCCAUCCCACCUGAAGACUGUCCUCAGGCUCAGGUAGUUCCAGCAAGCCAACAUACAGAGCAUACAGCAGAUCAUAAAGUGCUGAGUAAUUCACUGCCUACUGAAUCAGCAGGCAUGCCACAGAUUUCAGCCUUGCAGAAGCCUCAGUUGACUCAAACUACAGGUAGUGCACCCAAAGAGGAUAGAAGCCAUGUCAUGUUAAAGAUCCCCCAACCAGAGACUGUUCCUGGAGAUAAGACAGUGGCAGAGGUAUCAACAACAGAUGGAGCUGCACAGAAGAAGAAAAAGAAGAAGAAACAAAAAACAUCUGUCAGUAAAAAGGAGAUAGGAGAAACUGAGAUCAACAGGAAGGCAAAGGCAGAAGCUAACAGAUGUCAAAAUAAAGAUACUUCCCCCCAGGAUGAAACCUCUCAGCAGUCAGAUGACCAGCUGUGGAAAGAGGUGGACUGGUGUGUGGAACAGCUGGAACUUGGCCUGAAGACACAGAAAUCCACUCCAAAGCAGGUUGAGGAGGCUCUCCGUGCAAUCAGAACAUUGCGCAAUGACAAGGCUCCACUGGUGAAGAAGCGUCAGCUUAUGCGGGCCAUGUUUGGGGACUACAGGAAGAAGAUGGAGGAGGAGUGGUGCAAAGAGCUGAAGCUCAUGGAAGCAGCUGUGAAAUCUGCCAGGAUCGUGGAAGUGAAGGGGAACAUCCUCAACAAGAACUGCCAGUUCUUCCGGAAGCGCUCAGCAGCUUGCAGGAAAAGCCAAGGUUCAGCAGGAUCCCCUUCAGAGUCACCCAGCACACUUAACACAGGCUUAUUCAAAUUCACAACUUCCCAAGAAGAGUUUUUCUUUAAUUUCUUGUAGGAAAGUCUUUUAAAAUAAAACUGUGGCUAAAAACUGUGCCAAAUCUCCUAUAAACCUAAGAAUGGUGGUAAGAUGCUGUGCAGCAAAAAGUGUUACGCAAGAAUCCCUGUGUAUUUUCUAAAGAAAGGAUCCUCUUUCAGAAUGCCUUAUUUAGAGGUUUAAAACAGAUCUACCUACCACACAUAUGACCCCAAGACUCGGCCUAUGUAGUACUCCUCUCUCCUCACACUGUAGAAAGGCACCUUUGCAAAAGAUCAGCACAGUCUGGAAGGAUCUGUUUUUCUUCCUAUAGAAUUGACAUUAACCUAAGAAUCUGUCUUUUAUACUGGGAGAUUUUCCCAUUCUCUACUGCUUUUAAAUAGAGGAGACCUUUUAUAGCAGGUGAGGCAGCGUGCAUAUGGAAGGGAAUGGUUUGUAAUGAAGAUCCAGCUUCUGUGGAGAUCCAGAAGCGUAAGCACACUGGGUAGUUGGAUGCUUCUGCUCCACGUGAGUCUGUGUGAAUGCAUCUUCCGGUAUUCAGAAAGCACUGGGCAGUGUGUCAUCACUGCCAUCUAGAGAGUAUGAGUUCAGGAUCUUGGAGGAAGAUGAGUGAGAGCCAUCCUUGCUCAUCAUUUAACUGACAGGUAUAGAUUAAGAAUGUUGAUUUCAUCUAACCUAGGUAUGUAGGGACAGCUGUUUCCAGACAGGGAAAAAUUUUUGUUGCUGAAGCCAAGUUCUGGCCAGCCAGGAAGGAUGUACAAUCAGUUCUUAAAAAAAGAAGUUUACUUUGUAAGUAGCCGAGUUAUAGCCAUCAGUAACUCAGAGGAUAAAUCAGCUGCAUGCCAAACCCUGGGUGGCAGUGAAAUGAAGUGUGAGAGCCCAAAGACUCUUGCAUUUGAUUUGUAUUGAAUGCUUCCUGAAUGUGUGUCUCCAGUGUUUCGAUACUGCUUCAGCCACUGAACCAAUUUUCUAUGUUCAUAUAGAAAAUCUUCCCCACUAAGCCUAAAAAAGCUGAAGGAACAGAAGUCCUUUAAAAGGAAACAUGGUAUCAGGUGUCCCUAGGGUGCAGUGCUUUCCUUCCUUUUUAUAGUCAAGUCAUCCUCUAUGAAAAGUGAGAAAUGGGAGUGUAGGCAGAUUCCAGGAUGUACUGAGAGGAGCUGAGAGAUGAUGGAAAACAUUUGCUGGGAAAGACUUCAAAAAAAACGGUGUCCACUACAAAAAAAAAAAAAAAAAAUUAUUACUAAGCUCUGAUGCAGUCAGUUGCAUCUGUGAGGAUAUUUUUUUUUAAAUAUUUCAAAGAAUGCUUGUCUAGCCAUAAGGAGAAACUAAACCUGGGUGACAUACCUGAUGAGGAGAAAUACAUGUAAGUGUCUUGGAAAUCAAUAGGUUAAAACUGGAAAUCAGUAGGUUAGUAGAUUAUUAUUUUACUUGCCAAGGAGCACUGCUGUUACUUUGACUGAAUGGAACAACAUGCAAUACUUCUUGGAUUUCUGGGAUAUUAUAUGAAACAUACAAAAGCUGUGUAGUUGUCAAACUUUUAGUGUUUUCAUGCCAUUUACCAAGAUUAAAGAGCAUCUUGUAUGUGA